AAGAAUCGUUUCCCUCCGGUUCUCUACUCUGCCCUGAUUGCACAGCAUACAGCUACCUCCGUGCGCCUUUUCCCUCUUUUUUCUUCAUUUGGGGAAUACAAGGCAGUUUUUCAACCUUGUGCCACCGUCUCGGCUCCCCCACUCCCCGCCCUGUUAUCACAGCAACACCCCGGAGCAGUCGACCGCCUCAUUCAUGCAUUGGAGUCCCCCGCGCACCGGCUCCGGCUCCAGCCAUGUCGGCCAGGAAUGCAGCGGCUGGCGGCGGUGACAGAGUGGGAGGCGAACUGGCAGCAGAUGUGCUGGUUGAGGACAAACAGAGUGAUUCUGUGUCAUUGCCCAGCCCGAUGACCCCGGCCUCAGCUGCUGGCAUGUCCUUGAGCAUGGAGAUGCCCCGGAAGCGUAAGGGCAGCGUGGACAACCAGGAUACAAAAUCUGCUUCAAUGGAUAUGGACAUUGAAGACUUGGAAGAGAGGCACAACGGGUCCGAUGGUGAGGACCAACAUGUCAAAAUGAAAUGCUUCAGGGAACCACACAGCCAAAUUGAGAAGAGGAGACGGGACAAAAUGAACAAUCUCAUUGACAAACUAUCAGCCAUGAUCCCUACGUGUAACCCCAUGUCCCGUAAGCUGGACAAACUCACUGUUCUCCGAAUGGCCGUGCAGCACCUCAAAUCUCUCAAAGGUUCAGCAAGUUCUUUUUCUGAAGCCAACUACAAGCCCUCAUUCCUUCCCAACGAGGAUCUCAAACAUCUUAUCCUCAAGGCUGCGGACGGGUUCCUGUUUGUAGUGGGCUGUGACCGUGGGAAAAUUGUGUUUGUCUCAGAGUCCGUCACGAAGAUAUUAAAUUAUAGUCGGGCGGAGCUGAUUGGACAGAGUCUGUUUGAUUACAUUCACCCAAAGGACAUGGGAAAAGUGAAGGAGCAGCUGUCAGCCUCUGAAUUAUACCCUCGUGAACGGCUAAUAGAUGCUAAAACCGGUCUGCAGGUCCAGGCUGACCUCCCCGUCGGUGCAGCACGACUGUGUACAGGCGCACGGCGCUCAUUCUUCUGUCGCAUGAAGAUAAACAAGAUUUGUGUCAAAGUAGAGGAGAAGGAAUUCCAAGCCAGCACCUCCAAAAAGAAAGAGUCCCAGAAAUACUGCACGGUCCACUGUACAGGCUACAUGCGCAGCUGGCCCACCAGUCAGUUGGGAGCUGAGGGAGAGGGCGAUGCAGACAAGCAGGACAGCUCACACUUCAGCUGCCUGGUGGCGGUGGGACGCGUCCACUCCCACUCCACUGCCCAGGUUAAUGGAGAAGUCAGAGUAAAACCCACAGAGUUCAUCACACGCUACGCCAUGGAUGGCAAAUUCACCUUUGUCGAUCAAAGAGCGACAACCAUUCUUGGUUAUCUUCCCCAAGAACUGCUAGGGACAUCAUGCUACGAGUACUUCCAUCAAGACGACUUACCGCAUUUAGCUGACAGACACCGAAAAGUGCUGCGGAGUAAAGAAAAAAUUGAGACAAACUGCUAUAAGUUCAAAACGAAAAGUGGCUCUUUCGUCACUCUGCAAAGUCAGUGGUUUAGUUUUGUAAAUCCUUGGACCAAAGAAGUGGAAUACUUAGUGUCAACAAACACAGUUAUAUCGUAUGAUAACAGUCGAACCUGUCGGUCAGGAAGCAAGUCUGAACAGUCAAGCAAUUCCAAGACCUCUGAAGAUGGCAAGAAGUCCCUUCCAGUUAUACCAGGCAUCUCCACCACAACUGGAGCUAUGAUUUAUGCUGGAAGCAUCGGGACCCAGAUUGCCAAUGAGCUGCUGGAUUCCAACAGGAUGAACUCUUCACCUUCCAGUGGCAGCGUCAGCCCUUUCAGUCUAUCCCAGGACAAAUGUCCCCACAAUCAGAUCAGCAACAAUGUGCCAAACGGAGAGGCAACAGACAUGGAGAUUGCAGGAAAGUCCAGCUCAGAGGAGGAUGCUCAAGGAGCUACAUUCUCAGGAGCCGAGUCUCUCAUGGGGGAGAAUCCCCAGAUGGAUUUGGACAGCGUGGUUGGACCGGGCCUUGGCAGUCUCAGCAGUGACGAAGCAGCCAUGGCAGUCAUCAUGAGCCUCCUGGAGACGGACACAAACCUGGGCGAUGCCGUGGACUUUGAAGAGAUGCACUGGUCCUUAUAGAAUCUGCUCUGAGAGUGUGAGACACCGCAGCACACUGAAAAACACUUGAACUCUCAUUUUUGUGAUGAGAACUGCUUGAAUUCUCCCUCUUAAGACUUGGCAUUCCUUUUUGUUUAUUUAUUAGUUGAGUUUUGCCACAUGAGCUGUGUAGUCUUUGUGUGGCUUCUGUAGCAGAGAGCGGGAUCGACCUCAAUAAGGGACGCCUGUUGACCCUCGUCAGGAUGAGGAUGCGCCUCUAAAGCCUUACAGCGGUCUGCCUGCCCUCACACGCUGUCCCUCACACCUACUGUCAUCCUCUCACAAGGCUGAAGAACCCAUGAACACUAUUGAAAAUGGCUUGGGAUUUUCUCCUCCACCUACAUUUUAACUAAGGAUGGGCCUGACGAUGCAAAGAAAACAAGAUUGCACUGAGUUUUUCUUUUAAAGCUUGUCAUUUAACUAGGUACUGUAUGUUUAAUGAAAAUACAAGAACGACAACCUGUCCCCUCUCUGUGACCCCCUCAGGAUCCUAGCCGUAGGUAGCCAGUGUAACAUGGCAAACCACACUUCCAUAACCUCAAACUUUGAGAGUCACCUAAUGGUGAGCCACUCGGAGAUUUUCUCUUGUCAGUAUCUGAACAUUUUCCACGGAAACAGUCCAGCAACCUCCUCACUUGAACAUGCUGUAUACGUGUGGAUUUGGUAUGAGAUUUGCAAACAUCAUGUCUUCAAGCCAUAUCUGUCUUAAAGGGACAGUUUGCAUAUGAAGAAUAUUUUUAUUUUUUGGUAUGUACACUUCUAUGUACAUCUAAUAUAGCCCUGGAUUUUAUUCCCUCAACUCUAAACAUUUAACAUGUAUUGCCAGAAAUUAUCAGUCUAUUAUUUGAGAGCAUCCACUACUGAUGGUUACCAAAUCUUGAACUGAUUUUUGAGCACUACAGAAUCCCUUCAGGCUAAGUGAAAAGCCACACAAAGGAGUCUCUGUUGGCAACGGUGAGCAGCAAACCGGUUUCAAACCUGUGACUUUUUAUCAAUACAUGUUGGUUGACAUUUGAGUCUGACGGUAGAAGUUGAACCUCAGGAUGUAAUGGAAACAGAGCUGCCACGAUUAAACAUGGACUGCAGCAGUUGUCCUCCAAUGUCUGAAAUUCUAUCCUACAUACUCUUCUAGUAAUUAGUCUGUAGUGGUUCACCUGUGUGUUUGUGUUCUGACCCUUAUCAUCAGCGUUAUAAUCUCGCAGGUAAGCCGUAGCUUUAGCUGGUUUCUCCUGCACUUCCACUGUAUGAGUCUUUCAAAAUACAUGUUUAUGUGCUUGUUAGAGGCACACAACUUUUUCAUAGAUACAUUAUGGCUUCACGAUAUGAGGAGAAUAUAAGAUAUGUGAUAAGAUUGAAUAUCGCGCUAACUAUAUUACUUGAGUUAAAUAAACAGAUAUUAAAGUCUGUUCUGCCUUUCUGCUGCUUUCAGUACAUUGCUAAAAUACAACAGAUUGCAUGUUGACUUGACAGGAAAUUAUUCUUUUAUUGAACAAAUUGAACUGAACACCAAAAGAAAAAAGAAUAUUUACUAUUUAAAGUGACGUUUUCUACUUGUAACUCAAAAAAAUCCCUGAGUGCAAUAUCAACCGUCUUUCGCGAUUGUUGACAUUGCAGUGACGUUAAAAGAAUAUAUUGUGCUGCCCUAGCAAAUGUUUAAGGGAUUUUUCUAUGCAGAGCUAUCGUUCCAUUCAUUUUAAGCUACGUUACUUUCUUUUUUUUCUGUGUCAUUUCCACUCCAAACUUGUGCAUGACUCCAAUGUAGCCGUAUGACUACUGCUGACAUGUUGUAUUAUGGUUGGUGAGAACGUGAAUGAGUUGUAUGUAUCCCUUUGGCAAUUUUACCUCAUGUAGAGUUUUGUUUUGGGAUUUUACACAGAAAACAGGACAGCCAUCAUGUGAUGAUUUGUGUUGGUGUCCUACAGUUUAGAGCCCUGUGGCAGCCACAUUGGUUGGUAUAAGGUAAGGAGAAUUUGAAUAACAUAGUUUUGCCAAAGUUCUGUCUCCCAAGAAAAAGGAAAAAAGAAUUCAGUUUAAGUAAACUUUUGCUUUAGCCCGUUUAAAACAAAUGUAAGCCCUUGUGUUGUUUUGCUGACUGUUAUGAAAAGAACUUGAACACACAAUUCCAGUGAUAUAAUCUGUGAGCACAUUGAUUUUAUUCACUCUUAUUUGAUCCCUUUUGAUUGUAUGUUACAUUUAUCAAAAACAUUUAGCCUGAAUAAUUAUGUGUUGUGCAUCGAUGGAGUCUGAUAGGCUGUGAAAUGAAAAAAAUCUGUAUACAUAAAUGUAAGUAUUUGUCAUUAGUGUUUGGACUGUAUAUCUGUUAGAGCUGCAACUAAUGAUUAUUUUUAUAAAUAAUAUUUUUUUUGUUUUGCAUUACAACAUAUUUAGCUGCCACUUUAUCCAAAGCGACUUAUACACACUUCAUACUCGAGAGCAAUUUGGGGUUAGGUUUGCCAUAACCGCCCCAGAUUAAAGUUUGUUCAAUCAAAUAUUUAGUAAUUUUCUUCUUUAAUGUCUAGAUGUGUCCCAACAAACCCAAAGUAAUGCAGUUGUUUAUACAUAUAACAAAUAAAAGCAGGACAUCUCCCUAUUAAGGAGGCUGGAAACUUUUCUAUCCCUUUGGCAUGAAAGACGUAAUUUUCCUGUAAUUAUUGUUGCAACUCUAACACGUGCAUCUUACCCUCUAUCAUUUGUAAACCGAUCAGUCAAUGGUUAUGUUGCCCAAGUAUAGAACAUAUGGAACUGUGUUGCUUUUAGGCCAUGCCAUCAUUCAUAUUGGUGUGUCGGUCCACAAUUUAUAUUCAUCUUAUGAGGACGACUGUUAAGAUCUUUCCGAUAAGAAAUAUUGAAAAAGUUGUUGUGAACCAUAAAGAAUACUGUCUUUUCUCUCUGGUGCUUGAAUAACGAGGUGCCAUUGGACGGAGCAGCUGAACUCUGUGUCCGAAAGUGCCUUUGGACAUGUCUGCUCAUACAACCUGGCAGCCUCUGUACCAUUGGAUUGACUUGAAGCACACUGAUCAUCAUGACUGAAGCGAAAGCUUGUUAAAACAGUUUUACACCUUGGCUUCACCUCUACCUUACUACCUAACCAAACAAGCAGAGCUAAGGAGUCGUGCACCGACUGGUCUUUUUCAAAGGCAACAAGUCCAAUUUGUAUUCUGUUUUUGUAUCUGUUGUGGCUGUAAUCUCUCCAGAAAACUUCCACUUUAGCUUAUUUGGUGGUGACUGAGUGAUAAACCUGCUGAGUGGUCACAUGUUUUGAUUCUGUAAGCUAGUGAACAUUGUGUUUUGAUUUCAUGCCCUGCUUUGUGAUUACUUGCAUGCCGCCUUUGUAUCAGUUAUUGUUAGUUUUGGAAAUGUGUUUCAUCAUAAGACCUGGGAACUGAAGACGUAGUGGUGACACAGCUAACCGUCACUGCACAGGAGGAAGUACAUUAUCCCAUUGGGCUUAUAUUGUGCUGCUGGGAGCUUGUAACUGACACAUUGUACUACUUCCUGCCACUUUAUAAGUUCAUUCUUGUUUGAUUUGUGACGCCCCAGUGGAAGCACUUACUGUAUUUGUCCAUUGCUGCUACUAUCAUCAUGUCUGGGCUGUCUUCCCAGGUUUUCAUGUUAAUAAAUAUUAGUUUACUAAACCCUCAA